CAAAAGCGCAAGAAACAAGUUUAAAGUUUGGUUUUUGUCGAAAUAACGAUUUGGAUUUCGGAGAGACAAAUAAGUCCUUUCCCUUUGGGCGUACGAACAAACCAACAAACCUAUAAUGGCUUCCUCUUCCUCUUUACACUUCGAAUCCAUUCUCAUCACCCUCCUCCUCAGCACUUUGUUGUCAUCAUCUUCCUCGCUCGGUGGCGCAGCGAAUCUUCCGUUUCAUCCCAGAGAUGUGCUUCCUCUCUUGCCAAGGCAACUCUCAUGGCCUAUUCUCAACUCUCUCCACAGCGCCGUCGACCUUUUGCCCACUUUCGUUGGCGCAGCUUCAGUCUCAGCCUUCUCCUCCAACGACACCCUCGAGUGGAAAGGAGCUUGCUUUUACGAGAAUAGCGCAUGGGUAGAGUUUCAUAACAAGAGUGGCUCUGAAUUUGGGGGCGGAACGCUUCAUAUCAAGAUGAGCAAAGCUCAUAGUUGGACAUGCAUGGAUAUAUAUGUCUUUGCAACUCCAUAUCGUGUCACUUGGGAUUACUACUUCCUAUCUCGAGAACAUACACUUGAGUUUGAAGCAUGGGAAGGGAAAGCUGAGUUUGAAUAUGUUAAACGAAAGGGAGUUUCAAUUUUUCUCAUGCAAGCAGGGAUGCUGGGAACCCUCCAAGCGCUUUGGGAGGUAUUUCCUUUAUUUACAAAUACUGGAUGGGGUGAGAACUCCAAUCUUGCAUUUCUCAAGAAGCACAUGGGGGCUACUUUCGAACAACGUCCUCAGCCAUGGGUGACAAACAUUACUGUUGAUGAUAUUCACUCUGGAGAUUUCCUUGCGAUAUCAAAGAUCCGUGGGCGGUGGGGUGGUUUUGAGUCUUUAGAGAAGUGGGUUACGGGAGCUUAUGCUGGUCAUACAGCUGUUUGCUUGAGAGAUUCUGAAGGGAAGCUCUGGGUUGGUGAAUCAGGACAUGAAAAUGAACAGGGAGAAGAUAUAAUUGCUGUGUUAGCAUGGGAUGAGUGGUGGGAUUUUGAGCUGAACAAGGAUGAUUCCAAUCCUCAUAUUGCGUUGCUUCCCUUGCAUCCUGAUAUUCGUGCAAAGUUUAAUGAGACAGCUGCUUGGGAAUAUGCAAGGAGCAUGGAUGGAAAACCAUAUGGAUAUCAUAAUAUGAUAUUUAGCUGGAUAGACACCAUAGAAGGAAACUAUCCACCUCCCUUGGAUGCCCAUCUGGUUGCAUCUGUUAUGACAGUUUGGAACCAAAUGCAGCCUGCAUAUGCUGCCAACAUGUGGAAUGAAGCCUUGAACAAGCGUCUUGGAACUCAGGGCCUUGAUCUUCCUAACAUUCUUGUAGAAACUGAAAAGCGUGGUUCUUCUUUCGAUGAGCUGUUGACAAUUCCAGAGCAAGAUGAUUGGUUGUACAGUGAUGGGAAGUCAACAUCAUGCGUUGCUUUCAUUCUUGAAAUGUAUAAGGAGGCUGGACUUUUUGAUCCAAAUUCUAGCUCUAUACAAGUCACCGAGUUUACGAUAAAAGAUGCUUACAUUCUUAAGUUCUUUGAGGAUGAUCCUAGCCGCCUGCCAAAGUGGUGCAAUGAUGGGGACACAGUAAAACUUCCAUUUUGUCAGAUUCGGGGAAAGUAUCGGAUGGAAUUACCUGGCUAUAAUACACUGGAACCAUACCCACACAUGAACGAAAGGUGUCCUUCCCUUCCUCCCAAAUACUCCAGAUCACAGAACUGCUAGAAGUUUUACGACUCAUUCCAGUUGUUACGCCCUUAAGAUGUUGUACCAAUUUCUUACUUAUUAGUUAUGUAAAUUCUUCAUGAAAGUGUUUGGCACGCAAGUAAGAAGAUGCAAUUGCAAGUUUACUUAUUUCCCUUGUAAAUAUAACUUUUAGACAGUGCAAACAUUUAAAUUGUAAUUCUUGUACAAGUUAUGGUGGACAGCUUUAAAAAUGUUGUACAGACGUAUAUUAUUUAAAGAAUGAAAAUGUUCUUUUGGACAUUUGCAACUUAAAUGUCCUUUGGUCAUUAUGAAA